ACUAUGCAAACCGUGUAUCCCAUCACGCCUGUGACAGCAUUUGUCAACAACAUUCAAGUCAAGACACUCCAAAAUGGCGGAUCGUGAAGAGGACCCAGAGAAUGAGGACACAUAUGAGGUGGUCGACCUGACACAAUAUGCUAGGCGUCAACAAUGGUGGGGCUGCCUAUUUGGUGGGAACAAUUCGGGUCCUAUGGCUGAGAAGUAUUCGGUGGCCACACAAAUAGCACUGGGUGGUGCGAGUGGCUGGUGUGCAGGAUAUCUUUUCCAGAAGGUGGGGAAGAUCGCAGCCACUGCUGUGGGUGGAGGAUUCCUAUUGUUACAGAUAGCCAACCACAGUGGAUAUGUGCAGGUGGACUGGAAGAGAGUGGAGAAGGAUGUCAACAAAGCCAAGAGGCACCUGAAGAAGAAAGCCGACAGGGCUGUACCAGAGCUCAACUCUUUUAUCGACCAGUCCACAGAGUUUGUGAAGACAAACAUUAUCGUCACCAGUGGAUUCUUUGGAGGCUUCUUGCUUGGGCUGGCAUCCUAAGAACACAACAGGGGCCUGCAGUUUUAGAUAAGAAUCACUUGAGAGGUCUGGCUGUGAAGUGAAAUGCCCUUUUAAAAACGUGGUGGGAACAACAAGAACAGAUGCACAGCACAAUAUAUCAAAUUGAGCCAAUUACACAACCCGCAAAAAAGGUAUUGUUGUUGUAAAUACUCUGUAAUGUGUACUUACUAUGCUGUUUCACAAUACCUACCUGUCUACCUACCAUGUAAUUGCAUGGUUUUAGCACCACCUGAUAGAAACUGGAAUCAAGAUAUCCUGCUGCUCCACCGUAUAAACAAAACCGUGUUUCUAGCUAGGCUUUAGCCCCCAAUUCAAGGCAAUUGGGUACAACCCAAAAGGAACUAGCCAGUGGGUCCUGUGGGAAACGCUGGUCUACAAAACAGUUAUUAAUCAAAAUGCGAUAAGGGCACACAGGUGUUGCGACCCUGUAGAUGGGGAUCCAGUGUUGCUGGCUCACUCUGAUUCAUAUAUUCAUCAUAUGAAAGAUAGAAACAUACUCACUUUCAAUGGCGUUGAGCUGCUGCUGGAGAUGGACGUAUGUACAUGUGUAAAAAGGACAGGAAGAUGCAAAACACUGCGAUUGAUGCUGUAUUUAUUCAGAUCGACUGUGUGAUCUUCAGCAGAACUUUAUGCAUGUGUACAGUAUAUGUACAGUGUACUGUUGCACUUGUUACACACACACACACACACACACACACACACACACACCUAAUUGGGCUGCAAUGUGAACUUAUUGAUUACAUUUGAGUCUAGUUCUUUCAAGUGUUUUCUGGUCAAUAUAGUCCUACUCCGCAAGUAUACCCAAGUCAUGCAGUGCACAAUAUAUGCCCUUUUCAUUCAUUUGUAUGAGUUAAUACUUCAAUCACAUUAUAUUUAUUGAGUUAGGAUUACCAUGACUAUCUUUAUUUUGCCUUUACCAGCGGUGCAAUAUUUGCUUGGAGGUAAUUUAGCCUCUUUUGUGUUUUCUCUUUCACAGGAAAGCAAUUUACCUUUGUUAUUGAAUUACAAUGCUGUUGUACUUUGUGUAUAUAUUCUUAAUAUAAAAGACCAAAUGCAACCAACAAUCAUGGCUUUCUUUAUUUCAAAUGAAAGAAUAGGCCUAUGUCUGUGUCAAGUUUAGCUUUAAAAAAUAGAUUUUAAAAAACAUUGUAUCACAGCGCCUCUACUAUUUCUAAAGAUCUAACUUACCUGUACUGUAUAUAUGAAUAUGUAUGUAUAGUGUGUAAAUUCUAUUUUUGUUGUCUCUUGGUGUCUCCUAUAUAUUACUUAUUUUUUAUUUAGUGUAAUGUAUUUAAUUUAAAAUCUUAUAUUGUUCUUGUCUAUUACUGUUCUGUACUUUGUCAUGUAUUUGAGUGUUUUAUGUGGACUCCAGGAAGAGUGCAGUAGCUAAUAGGGAUCCCAAUAAACUAAACUUCCUUCAGUA